UUUUCAGUAGCCUCUCCUGCUGGACAGCCGAACAGUCAUUUCUGAGUUGAAGCAGACUUGGUCAUCAUGCAGUACUCCGAAGUUAUUCUCUGUCUUGGGCUCCUCACUAUUGGAAUAAACUUUGCCCUAGCUGCCCUUGGUGGAGGGACCUGCACCAUACCCACGUCCGGUAACCCAGGGGCCUCGACUGUUUGUACGGGAACCGCAAACGGAUUCUGUUUGAUUGAUACUUUCACCACUGCGGGUGCUCCUCAACUCACUUCUGCUACCACUACUGGAGUAUGUGUUUGUUAUUAUGGAUACACUGGUACAAAUUGUCAAACUGUUGACUCUACGGCUACAACGACUUCUUCCUCUGGAGCUGGUAACGCCAUUGCAGCACUGGGACUAGGGCUCGCCGCAGCCUGGGCACUCAGUCAGGGCCUGGGAUCAGGGGCUGGGGCUUCAUCAGGCUCAUUUUUGGGCAAAUAAAAGGAGAAAUACGUUGUGUGGAUGU